AUUUUCUCUGUUUCUAGGGAUUUGCUUUUUCCCUUCUCUGUAGCUACUUUCAUUUUCCAGUAGCUAGCUCUUUCUCUCUUCUGGUCGUUUGAAGAAGAAGAAGAUUCAAAAGAUUUUCUGGGGUUAGGGUUUCGACGUCAUGACUGGAAAAUCAUCAGCUCGUUCAAACAAAUCGGGGAAGAACAAAAUCUCGUCGGUGGCUACUCCGACAAGAAGAAAUUUGGUUGUUCAGGAGGAGAUUUUGGCGACAAAACAUGAAAUUCUCAAGGAGAAUUAUGAGAAUCUGGAAAAAGAUUACAAAAGUAUAGAGGAAAGUUUUAAGCAGAUGAAUGAAAUGAACGAGAUAAUGAAGUUUCAAUAUCAGAAGCAAAUUAAGGAACUCGAGGAGAAAAUUCUAAGCUUGCUUAAGGAUUUAGAGAAAGAGAGAAGUGAGAAAGAGGAGUAUAUGAAGGAGAUGAAGGGAAUGAUCAGUGAGAAAGAGGCCAUUAUCAAUGAUUUGAGUGUUAAGAAUCAGGAGCUUUUGAUUGCGAAAGAGGAAGAAGUGGAGAAGCUGAAGAAGAUGGAGAACAAGUAUGCUGAAUUGAAAGAGAGAUUUGAUGCGGCUGAAUCACAAUGUUCAUUCUUGAAAUCGCUUUUUGAUGCUGAGAAUCUCGCCGGUCUAGGGAGUAGCGAUGUGGCUUUCGAAAAUGAGGUUAUUGUGGUGGAGGAUUAUAAUGUGACUAUCAAGAAUGAGGUUAUUAUGGUGGAUGAUCAUAAUGUGAAUAACACUCCAACAGAUACGAUUGUGAUCCUUGACGAGAGUGAUGCUGAAAAUGAUAAUCCUCAUCCAAGAGAGAGUAACAUAAUCUCUGAAAAUUCUGUUGAUGUAAAACAAGAACAACAAUCAGCUGGACCAAGCUCAUCAAAAGUAAAUCGUCUAUUGUCAUCAUCGUCGUCAUCAUCAUCAUCAUCAUCAGUUGAACAUGUAUUCGUUGAGCUUCCCUUUAAAAGGUCCCGGGAUAUUUAUAACAAGUCUUGAACCUUUCUCGAUGCAGUGAUCACUGAGCCAGAAGAAGUUGCUCACUCUUAAGUUAAGCUAGUUUAAGGUAUAUCUUAUCGAUCCUCCGGUUUAUUGUUUUUUGUUUUGUCCCGGAGGUUGUAACAUUUUUUGGACGAGAUAGAUAAAAAAAACGAUUAGUAUCUGAUUAGGUGAAUAUUUUGGCUGUAUGUUUUUUGUAAAAUGUUUGGAUUACUCGGCUUAAUAUCAAAUCGCAUCUAAAUCGCUUUGAUUCUUG